UCCAGGCUAGAGGGAGGUGGUGCUAUUGCGCACAAGGCGCUAACCCAGCGCAAACUGCAGUAUAACUGCAUGCGUAUUCUCCGACCAGUUGUUAUUGUUAAAUGUCCAGGAGAGAGUUGAGCGCCGGGCGACCUUUUCGACUUUAACACGUCUACAGUAUUUCCAAUGAUGCUCUUUUGAAGUCUGAAGUCUUUGAAGUCUGCGCGCUGCGACGGAUCAGUUGUGGAGUCGCCAGCAGUGCGCUUCAGCUUGACGCAAGACCCACGAUUUGGAGGACUGAUCGCAUCGUUGCUGUUGUUGUUGUUUUUUAAAGACUGCUGCCUAUUAGCAUGCAUUUUUCACAGUUGGAUUUCUUCUUUUGAACUGCACUUGGAGUUGUUUACAUUGGGGAAUUUGGGGUUUCUCUAACAUGGGGGAAAGCGUGCGUAUCGGGUAGAUAUGUUUUCGCUCUGGGGAAGUUUAGCUCUGCGUCCGCUCUCCUAAACUCUCAUCUUUCCAUUUGAAUUAUUAUUCUUGUAAACUGCAAGAGGUUUGAACGACAGUGGGAAAUGUCCAGCGAUCGGAAACCACGUAUUUGUCUCAUGACAAAAGGGGAGAACGGGUAUGGAUUUCACUUGCAUGGCGAGAAAGGAAAGAGCGGACAAUUCAUCCGCAAAGUGGAGCCCGGCUCCCCUGCAGAAGCGUCUGGAUUGCGCGCUGGGGACCGUGUGGUUGCAGUGAAUGGGGUUAACGUGGAGAAAGAGACACACCACGAGGUGGUACAGCGGAUCAAAGCUGUGGACAAUGAGACCAGGUUGCUCGUGGUGGACCUUGAAGCGUAUGAGAGACUGCGCAACCUGCGCCUCACAGUCACAGAGGACAUGGCCGUCCCUGGGAUCGGACCUGCUUCUUCUUUCGUUCCUCCAGCUUCUCCCUCCCGUUCACCAUCCUCGGUCCCAUCCACCCCCAGAAAGAAGCGGGAAAACGGCUCGGUGUCCAAGCAGCCGGUCGUGCUGAGCGGCCAGGUGCAGAAGCCCACCAGGAGGUCACCAUCUAAAGCUGCAAAGAAGGAGGCUCUUGCCCAGGUUGAAGCUCAAACCCAAGCCCAGCCCCAGUCACAACCCCAAGUUGACCCAUCCGAGCUCGUUCCACGCCUGUGCCACCUAGUGCGGUCCGAGAUGGGCUACGGUUUCAACCUCCACAGUGAACGAUCCCGGCCUGGACAGUACAUCCGCUCCCUAGACCCAGGAUCACCUGCAGACCACGCUGGGCUCCGGCCACAGGACAGGCUGGUUGAGGUAAAUGGUGUGAACAUCGAGAGCAUGCGGCAUGCAGAGGUGGUGGCCUUCAUAAAGAAAGGCGGGGAUGAGACCUGGUUGUUGGUGGUGGACCCGGAUACAGAUGAGAACUUCAAACGGAGGGGUGUUAUCCCCACAGUCAGCCAUCUCAGAGAUUACGAUGGUCCGUCCAUAUCCAACGGCUCCACCAACCUUCAGAUCAACGGCAGCUCCACCUCGCAAUCCAUCAGGUCUACACACUCUGACCUCAGCAGCCAGGGCAACAGUACACAGCUGGCGGAUGAUGACGUCGGCCGGCUGAUGGACCCGUUUGCUGAGUUGGGCCUGAGUGCUACAGCAGCAGAAGAAAAGAUGAAGGUCCAUGCCAAAGAAAAGAAGAAGGCACCGCAGAUGACCUGGAUGAAGAAAUACGAGCUGUUUAGCAACUUUUGAGACGUUCCCCUCGGAGGACACUUCAUAUACCAAAGGACAGAGAUAUGAGCUCUUUGCAGCCCCUCUGUGUGGACCAGUUUGUGUUGUGGGAGAGCGCCCUUCUUACUACACAGAUCAUGUUUUUUCUUAGAGAAAGAACCAAGAAUCCUCAUACAACAGAAGAUAUUUUGUUCAUGGAAUUAAAAGUGACAAAAGGAAUAAGUUGUACAAUGGAUUUUGCUUUUUAAGCCACUUCAGAGACUCUUUAACAGAUGUUUUUUUUCCUGCUUCAAAGUGCUGACAAACUGCAAAAACUGUGUAUACCUUGCUAAAAUCCCACUGUUCUGAAGGAGGAGCAUAUUAAAACGCUUCACAUACAUGCACUGUGUUGCAAACACGUUUUCACAUUUGCCUAAACCCCCCCCCCUCUCACUUUAAUCACCCCAUUCUCCCUACUCCUAGAGACUCGAUUCAAGCACAUGCAGGAGACAGUUAUUUUUAUAUUUAAAAAGUAUAAACAACUAUUAAAAAAACAAAAACAAAAAAAAAACAGUAUCCCAUCAUCAUGGACUGCAUUUUAAAGAGUUUUAUGGACACUGUGACAUUAAUGAUUGUGGACUUUUGUGGGAGUUUUGGCCCAUCUGUCAGAGGAAGCCUAAAUUUGGCCGAAGAUCACUGUGAAAGAGUUGAGACCCUCCACCUCCGGUCUAUGCAGAUGCUUUGAUAACAACCAGAGACGGAGGAAAGAAAGGCUGUGUGUACUGGUUGCGUGUAAUGUAUCCUACAUGUAUCUGUACUUUUUACACCGAGUGAAUUAACUGAUCGUCAGAUUAGCCCUGCUUCAUUCAAAAAGAAUCCAUGUUACUUGUUAUUCUCAGUCGUAAUAAGUGCAUUACUAACCUCUUUUCCCAAAGUGCUCCGGUGCACACGUGCAUAACAAAAGGGGAAACACCACUAACAUUACAUACAGUAAAUAACGGAAAGUGGAGCGUGGAAGAAAGGAAGAUUUCUCAGGGCAAAAGGCAUGAUGAAUUAGUCAUUGGAGGAAGCUUGAUGUGUACAGCAGAGGGCAAACUUACACCACAAAUGGAGCCUGUUUUGGUACUUAAACUGAACAGAGUACAUGUUUAUCCAGGCCGUUGUAUUUGGGGUUGUGUCAGACUAUUUCUUAGGAACAGUAACUUCUUAGAGUCUUCAGUGGAUGCCUGACAACAGCUAAGAGCAUGACGUAACCCUCACAGCUAAUUGUAAUUUUUUUUUACAAAUUAAAACAAGAUAUAAAGUGUUAGCAAGCUUUAGAGGUGCUGAUAGGUAGACGGGCAAACUGUUUCUGCUUUAAGCGGUCACAGUAGUUUCACAUUUACCAUACACUCAGGAGAGUGGCAUCUUCUCAUCUUUCCACCAGAAGAGUAUUUCUCCCCAAAUGACAUAGGAAUUAAUUAAACAAGGACAAGGGCCAGGAAAGAAUGGAAGGCUCCAAAGUGCAGCUAACAUAUUUGAGGCAAAGGGAUGUGAUCGGCCACGACAUGAGUGUUACCAGGUUGUGGGGGGUGGUGGCAGGGGACGCGGGAAUGGAGGGAGGUGCAGGAGGAGAACACAGUGAGGUCAGAGAUGCUCUGGAGGAUCUAGCAAAAGAGACUGUGGGAGCCAUGGAGCUUACAGAGGAUUAUUACACAUACAGGGACAGCUGUCAUACAUAUGCUCGCACACAUUUGGAGCACAAUGUGUGUGUGUGUGUGUGUGUGUGUGCAGAGAAGGUAUACAGUGCUGCAAUCCAAGCAAUGUGUUGUUGGACUGCAAAUCAGAGAAAUGUAUGUGUAUGUUUUUUCUUUUUUUUUGUACCUAUUCACACAAUUACUUGCAUUCACACACUAACAGAAGUGUCUUGAUUCGUCUUUGAACGUCAGUCUGUUCACUGUGUGUGUGUGAUGGUGUGUGUGUGUGUGCGUGUGUGUGCAGUCAAGCUCACUCUGUAUGUUCUGACAGUCGCAGCAAAAAAAAAAACUCUAUGUUACCAUGGCUGAUGUAUAUACAGUAAAAGCUUACAGUAUAUAUGGCAGGUUGCAUUUUUUCAAUAAAGUGUGACAAUGGCAA